AUGUUCCGCUCUGCCGUCCUUCGCUCUGCCGCUGCUGCGACCCGGACCACUAUCCGUUCGAUCCCCCCGGCUGCUGCUAAGAAAUUCGCCGUCGCCCCUGUUUCCCGAGUUACUUCUUUCAUCCCCAAAACUGCCUCAUGGCAAGUAAUCCGGUGCUACGCCUCGAAUGAGGGUCUUCAGAAGGUUGAGGUUUACGAGCGGAUCAAGUCUCUCCUCGCUGGCUUCGACAAGGUCAACGACCCUAAUAACAUUACCGAGACAGCGCACUUCGCCAACGACCUGGGUCUGGACAGCUUGGACACAGUGGAGGUUGUAAUGGCUAUUGAGGAGGAGUUCAGCAUUGAGAUUCCGGACAAGGAUGCCGACCAGAUCCACAGCGUCGACAAGGCUAUUGAGUACAUCCUCCGCCAGCCCGACGCCCACUGA